UCUAUUUUUUUUUUCGUGGCAUGAGGUAUUGUAUAAUUUAUUUCUAAAGCCUAUGUUGAUUCGUCACUGUUAUUUACUGAAUGAAAUAUGAUGAAUUAGAGUGACCUUUUGAUUCUACUUCCGCUUUCUUUUAUUAUUAUUAUUAUUAUUAUUGACAUCCAAAUGCAGAUUAUAUGAAAAUUGUUAUUUGCCUCUUUGAAGUUUGAUUCGGUUGAUGGGUAUUUGGGAUGAUUUAUCACUUGCUUGCUUGUUUGUCUAAGUGAAAUUGGGAAUUGACAAUUAGGUGCACUAAAAUGUUACCCAUCACCUAAUUUGGUUAAUUGAUUUUGCUAAUCUUACUUAAUUUCCUAAUUUUGGUGUUCUUAUGUUUUCUUAAGAUGUAGAAUGAUCUUAUCAGACUGAUGAUAUUAUUUGCUUUCAUUCAAUCGAUUAUGACUUUUUUGUGGAUAAAUUUUUGUGUUUAAAAGCUAAGGGCAUACGUGGGUUGAGCUUUAUGUUUCUGUGCGUUUCUGCAUUACUUAAUCAUAUAACAAAUGAAGAAAUUAGCUAUAGAUGCUCACGUCCUCCGGGCAGAUGAUUUCUGUUAUGAGAGCGGCUAUGUGCAUCCAAUGCUUUACAAGUGAUAAUUAAGUGGUAGCAUGACAUCUCACAUGUUUCAUGAUACAUCUUAGCAAGUUUAUGUGUGGACAACUCUUGGUCUUGGGAAAACAUUAUGUGAGAAUUCAUGCUAGGUGGAAUAUAGCUCCAAGGUGAUCACCUGAUGGCUACACAGGAAAUAGAGGAGAAACCGUCUGAAGCCAUGCCAGCGACUGCAUCUCAAAUCAAAAAAGAAACUCGUGAUGAAGUGCUAUCUAGGCACAGAAAGGAGAUAGCACAACUGCAGAACAAAGAAAUUGAACUGAAAAAGGCUGCAGCAAAAGGUAGCAAGGCUGAACAAAAGGCUAAAAAAAAGCAGGUUGAAGAGAAGAUCUCUCAACUUUCUACUGAGCUGAAAGAAAAACAUUCUAAAGAACUUGCUUCAUUAGGCUACAGCAGCAGCAGUAAUGGAAAUGAGAAAAGCGAUCUUGACAAUUUGGUCAAAGCUAUAGCUGGUGUUUCUUUUACAAACCAACCAGAAAAUUUUAAAGUCAGUAAGGGUGCAAAGAAAAGGGGAAAAAGAGCCCAGCAAGAGGUUGAAAGGGAGCGACGAAUUCAAGAAGAGCAGAGCAACCUUGUAAGUGAUAGAAUGAUUGAAAAUGACAAAUUGAAAGCUAAGCUUGAACCUCUUGGAUUGACAGUUAAUGAAAUAAAACCAGAUGGGCACUGUCUUUACAGAGCAAUUGAAAAUCAGCUAGCUGUCCUCUCUGGAGGUUCUUCUCCCUAUACAUACCAAGACCUUCGGAACAUGGUGGCUGCUUAUAUGAGAGAACAUGCAUCAGAAUUCCUUCCCUUUUUCCUAUCAGAAAAUAUGAUGGAAGGAGAUUCUGAUAAUUCACUAGCAGAGAGAUUUGAGCAUUACUGUAAAGAAGUGGAGUGUACGUCAGCCUGGGGUGGGCAACUAGAGCUGGGGGCCUUAAUUCACUGCCUCAGGAGACCUAUCAUGAUAUAUUCAGGUUCCUUCCCAGAUGUGGAGAUGGGGAAAGAGUAUAAAUCUGAUGGUGGCACUGAUUCAUCCAACGGAAGCAUACUAUUGUCAUACCAUAAACAUGCAUUUGGGCUCGGGGAGCAUUAUAAUUCUGUGGUGCCGAACUUGAUCAGGUAGGCACCGUCAUAUCACCAGCGAAGAUUUACUUUUUUGCAACGCGGGUCUAUUUUUCUGUAUUGUUGCGAGAGAAUAGACAAUCUGGAGCUUUAAAUUAAAGCUGUAUUAUUUUAGUAUUAGCAUCUGCAGAAAAUUCAUGAUGGAGUUGCUGAUGACGGAUUAGGAUAAAUCCAAUGGAUAUGUUCACGGAUGAGAAUCAAAAUUUUAGUGACUUAAACAUAUAACCAUGCAAUA